AUGAAGGUUUUCGGUUCCUCUUUUAUCGCUGCCUUGGCAAACCGACGGUCGACGCUGAUCAACGGCGCCGUGGGAUUUUCCACGUUCGCUGUGGGGGAUGCAUUGUCCCAGGGCGCUCGGCCCCAGUCCCAGCUCGUGGUGGCUGGGCGGAGACGGCAGCAUCAGUCGGAGGAGCCAUCCUGGCAGCAGCAGUUUAUCGACAGGACGAGAAGAGUGGACUACGCCAGGAGCGCCAAGGUCGGGCUGUUGGGCAUCAUGCUCAACGGCUUCGCCCUUGGGGCUUGGUACCGUGUCCUCGACCGCUACAUCGGCUCUGACAGGACACGCUUCCAGCAGAUCCUGAAGAAGCUAGUGGUCGACCAGAUGGUGUACGCCCCGUUCUCCAUCACAAGCUUCGUCGGCUACGCGGCCGUGCUUAAUGGCGGCGGCCCGGCCAAGGUAGUUGACGAGACCAAGAAGAACCUCGGGGAGACCUUCUGGUCCAUCUGGCUCACCGAUUGGAAGGUCUGGCCGGCCGCCAAUCUCGUCAUGUUUAGGUUCAUCCCUUCCUCCUACCGGCCGUCCUUCGCCAGCAUGGUGCAAGUGGCGUGGCAGGCCUACCUGUCGAGCGUCAGCUACGACAGCCCACAUCACCACCACCAUCACCACAAGACCCAGGUCGCCACCAUUCAGGCCGGGAUCGCCAUGGAGGCCGCCGGCGGCGGCGGCGGCAGCAGCGGCGCGGUUCUUGUCAGGGGGGGGGAGGCAGGGAAAGACCUCGCGGGCAAGGCGGCGGCGGCCGUGGCCGCAGUAGCCAAAACUGGGGGAGGGGAUGAGAGCGUACCAUCCCCCGGGGUUCCGGUGGGGAGUAACGCCAUCGCUGGCGCUGGAACGCCACGAGUGGCGGUGGAUCGACGGGCAACCGGCCGUUACGCUUACACGUCUUCUGUUUCCUCCUCCACGUGUACCCCUGGCAGUCAUGCUUGCACCAGCGGCGGAAUGGUAGUCGAGGGCGGCGAUAUUAGUAGCGGCGCCAAGAGCGCCCGCCCGCAGGGUCAUGGGGCGCUUCUCAACGGCGCCGGCGGCGGGGGUGUUGGUGUUGGUGGUCGGGUGCGGGUGGUGGCGGUGACGAAAGGGUCCUCUUCUUCUUUUUCUUCUUCUUCUUCUUCUUCUUCUGCUCUGGUGGCCAAAGCCAAGGAGUUGUAG